UUGCCAAUAAUUGAGCAAAAAUCUCCAUUUGUUUCUGCUAUUGUAUACAUCAUGUCAACAGAAAACUACACGAAAAUCGCAACAGCUCUAUUUCCAAUACUUUUAGAAGCAAUUUCAGAUGAUUGCUUCGAUGAAGGAGCAUUGGAAGAAAUUUUAGGCUCACUGAUAACCAGAUCAGCAUUUCUAGACGUUGACAUGUGCUUACGUUUACUUUUAUUCUCAACUUCUGAAAUUAAACGCAAAUUCCCUUGUUUGGAAAUAUUUUCUCCAUAUAUUUCAAUACACUUACUUCUUAUGCAAAAGACCCAAGAAACUGUUGCACAUAAUGCACACGCUUCGUUCCAACAACUUCUAACUUAUUUGGUUGAUCCAAUUAAAGCCCUAAAUCCUAAUCAAGCAACACAAUCUUUCAUAGAACGAUACAAUAAAAAGUACAAGCGUUCAGCCAAGACCGAUACCGAGGUUUACAGUGGACUUUUUGUGAUGUUAAUAAAUGACGUUACAGGAAUGACACUAGGAAUGCAACCAACCUUCAUUGAUACUAAAAUAUUGCCAUCCGAGCUAUUAUACGAAAUGUUAGAAGUCAUUACAAUUUCAACAAAAGAUUUAAUUACAAAUGACCAAAAUCUGAGUUGUUUAUUCGAUGGUACGAUCAUACAUUUAAUUUCCAACCGCGACGCAAUUAAGUUCAUCAUGAUUUUCUUCGAAAUUAUGCUUCCUCAUACUUUACAAUUAUUUACUUCAGUAUUAAAUGAAUUUAUCUCAGAAAUUCGACCGAGAUCGAAGUCAAUACUUCUACCGAUAUUCUUCCUACACUCAACUCUUCUCAGAAAGAACAUUUCUUUAACAAAAAUGCUUCGAAUGUCGGAUUCAGGAGAGUCAACUAUGAUUUCUCUUAUCGAUUCCCUCAACAACAUCAUUCUAACAUCACAACCUACAGAACUAAUUGAUAUUAUACCGAAACAACUACAAAUGAACCAAAUGUCUAUUGAUUUAUCACUCGUUUACUGCGUUGAAAUGCUUUUCUUGCUUAUUUCGGAUAUAAUGGUCGAAGAUAACGCAAAAAUUUUGACUUUUAAACUUUGUAAAGUUCUGAAUAACGCAAUCAUUGUUUCUUUGAGGUACAUGACCCCUAAAAUCGUACCAAUAGUCCAUGAAACACUUGGCCAAUACCUGCAAGCCAUCAAAACUAACUGCGAACCAAAAAUUACUCAUGAAGCUUUCAAAAUCUUAUGCGACAGACUUUCUUUGAGCGACGACCAUCGUCUUCCACUAUCAGAUAUCAAACUUUACUGCUUGGAAGAGAAAGAAAAGAUGUGGACUCCGUUUUUGACGAAUAUGAUCCUGAAUAACCACGAAUUAGUCGAAGGAAACUGGGUUUACGUACUCAAUGGAAUAUUUGCUUCAGAUGAUGUCCAGAUUACACCUCAAUUCGCCCAUGAAUACUCGACAAAUAUAAAAUUAGAUAUUAUUGACGCACUUUUAUCAUGCAAACACUUUCCAUUCGAUUUCACAACGAACAUGAUCGUAAACGAAAUCGAUAUCUUCACAAGUAUUUGGCCCAGACUCGAAGUUUAUUUUAUUUCGGAAAUUGCCAGCGAAACAUUUGGAGAAAAUGCCAGACAGUUCUUUAUUAAUAUAUUAGUCAAAUGCUUCAACAAAGAUACCGAAGAUUGCUUGACAAAAGGAAUUGAAAAAAUUGUCAAUCGAAAUAACAACGUUGAUGUUGAGAGUUUGAACAAAAUAUUCACGGAACUUAAGAACAUCAUACAGAUGAAGAUAGAUUUGAUCUCAAAGGGCUGGAAUUCCAUUUUUGAGGCAAUUCAUCCAAAUAAUGCAGGUAAUGAUCCAGAUGUACUCUCUAUACAAUACUCAAUCAUCAAUAUGAUCUGCAAUGACUAUAUUUCCCAAAUUCCAGAAGAAAACGCCGAAAUAUUUUUGAGAACAAUUUUCAGAUUCGCUCGUCAGGAGAUAGAUAUCAACGUUUCCUUAUCGUCAAUGGAUCUGAUAUGGACUGUAAAGCGUACUUUAACGAAUACUCAAAGAUGGUCGUUGAUAUUCAAGAGUAUUGUCAACGUUUUUGACGAUCCAAGAAUAGUUUUGGCGACAAGCUCCGUAACAACACUUUUUAACUUACUUUCUUCGAACAUUAAUGAUGUUUCUGACGAAAAUUUCAAAGAAUUAUUCCAAGUUUUCUUAAUGUCUGUAUUUGAAAGGAUGCGAGAUAACUUUACAAGUGUCAGACAGCAGAUAUUGAAUGAAGUUUCGCAUUUCUUCUGCGGUUUCUGGGCAAGAUGCGAAAAACUUGAGAAUUAUUACGAAAAAAUACUUCCAACCGUAAUCAAAAGUGAAACAAUGUUUGCAACAGAAUGUAAGAAUGUCGAACUUGUCUCAGGAAGCUUCGAUUUCUAUCAAACAUUUUUCUCUUGUCCAGAUCUCACUGAACAAGCAUAUUUAAUGCUCAUAGAUUCACUCACAACACUUAUCAAAUCAUACAAAUCGAUAAGUGAUGCAAAGAAUCUUGUUUUAUCCGUUUUUGGAAGAACAAUCGGACGUUGCCUUGAAAGAUCAGGACCAAGCCUUAAUGAAAACAAAUACAGCUCAAAGUCCUGGGCCAAACUACUUGAGCUUUGUGCAGCAGUUUUCAUGUCCGAUAAAAUGGUCCAUAUAGUUUUGAGCCAUUUCAUCCAGGCGAUAGAGAAAAUCUUCCCUCUGAUCACAGGCCAGUUCGAACCACUCAUUAUUUCCCUUUCAGAAGUAUUUUUGGGAACAUCAAAUAAACCUCUUAGAGAUUUAUGCGUUUCCACCCUUAUCAAAACGUUUGGAAAGUCAGACCAUGCACAACAGCUUACCUUCUUUACACUUUGCGGCAAAGUUGCUGUUUAUGAUGAUGCAAAAGAGCUCCGAGACGUUCUUUCAACACUUCUUUCCAAUUCCGCUGACUCCAACGAACAGUACAGAUUCAACGUUGUCCUUGAAUCCGACGAUAAGAAGCUUUUAGAAAAAAUCACUGAAGUUGACGCGGAAGGACAAAAGGAAUUCGUAAGAGUCAAGUGCGCGAAAGAAAUGUCUACACUCGUAGAAUUCUACGGAAGGUUCAUUAAUAAGGAAAACAAGGAUAAAUUCCCGAAUAUUCUUGAAAAUUGUUUAGAUACAUUCGUUGAGAUGAUAAAAGAGAUAGAUUUGAGCUGCAGAAAUGAUGCACAGGCUAAGCAGUUCAUGGAUUUCAUUGAUAAUCUUGAUGAAAAUGAUGAAAACGAUAAAAAGAUUUUAUUGGCCACAUUUUAUCCAUGUAUAUCGUUAGUUACAUCAAGCGACUCAUCGUUGAGAUCAAGAGUGCAGGAAACUCUUCGUAGAGUUGGAAAAACUGCAAAUAUUUAA